AUGCUUUCUAGAAUCGUCAACAAGCACUGUUGUCGGGGAUUAACUUUCCGUCGGUUCUACGUAAACGGUGGCCCCCCUCCACUGAAUUUUGGCAAUCCAAACUAUAUACCUCCAACCUACAAUGAAACAGUAUCAUCACCACCACAACCAAUAAACCCAUCAGGUCCACCUCCUAAUGGCCAGAUUCCCCCAUCGUUUCAUGAUACUGCUGCCAGAAACCACAAGUCCUUAAAAGAUUUCACUUCCUUCUUAGCAAUGUGUGCUUUGGCGUAUUUCGCCAUAGAUAGCUACACCAAUAGAAUCAAGCUAGAAAAGCUUAAUAUAGAGACGACCGCCAUCAACCUUAAAACCCUACAAGCUCAGCAGGCAAAUUUUCUAAAUGCCAGGAAGAAAAGAGAUCUCCAGAUCUUACAGGAAAGGAAAGACCAAGAUAAGAGAAAUUUCAAAAUGGGCUUACACAUUGCCUUUUUAAGAAAACAAUUGGUUGAUUUGGGAGCAGAUCCAGUCGAUAUAGAGACCGCCAUCAAAGAGUUUGAGAAGAGCGUUCGGGCUGAUAACUCAAUAAAGAACGUUAGUGGCCAAUCUUUGUGGCUAGACGAUAAAUCUCGUACGUAUUCAUCUAUUCAACACUCCAAAACAGCAUUUCUUACUAACACCUUCUAG